GACGAAGAAAGGCUCGGGGGUGUUGUCCAAGCCCCCACACUUCCAAACACCCACCCUGCCAGCCUCACCUCCGGCUCCAGCCACCUCCCCACACCCCUGCCCUCUCCUCUCCAAGCCGGUACCCCGGUGCCUCGGCGGGGGCGGGGUUGGGGAAGCCCGGCGACAACCCCGGACGCUCCCGGGAUGCUGCGGGCCCCGCGCUGCUUACCUGGCGCCGUGACACCGGGCGCGGAGACAGCCCGUCGCGCGGAGCCGGGCGCCGGGCGCGGCUCCUCCUCGCCUCGGUGUCCUCCUCCUCCGCUCCUCCCGGACUCCGUCCCGGGCGCGGAGCUGCGCGAAGGGGCCGGGCUGCAGGCGCGGUUCCGUCCGCCGCCCCCGCCGCCGCCGCAGACGGAGGACGCCCCGCGGCGGCUGGAAGCGGGUAUAUUCAAUUUUUUUUUUACUUGAAAGGAAGCUCUGAAACUUACAGCAGGAGCAGAAAAACUCUGAUAACCAAAAUGGACUCAACAGCCAACCUUUAAAAUGGGUAUGCAUCACAAUCUUCCAAAAUAAUGUUAAAGCUCUGUUUUCCUUAGAAAGUUCCCUUUAGGAUUUCAACAGCAUUUUGCAUGCUUUUCUUACUAGUGAGACUGAAGACUGUAAC